AUGAAUUCUCGACCAUCGAGCGCAAGUCCAGUCCUUCGAGGCCCGAUCCAAAAUGCCGUAAACACUUACUACACUCACAUCAAUGACUUUAUUGCAGACGUACGACUGAUAUUCGUCAGCUGCGCUUUCUUAGAUGGCUCUGGCCACCUUAUCGCUGCUAUGUGUCGACGCGUUGAGGCUAUGUUCGCCACGCACAUGAAGCUUAUGCCACUGCCAAAACCAUCCGGAUUCUGGUAUUCCCAAGAGGCGGGAACAACGAAGCCGAACAAGAAUGAUAUGUAUGGCCAGCAGUUCAAGGACUAUGAGACGGUGUUGAAGCAUCUCCACCAGAAAUCGUUUUAUCAUACCACUUGUUAUUUCUAUUGGCUCAAACAGCAGAUUCCUCAGCAUUACAAGGGCAUCACGCGGCCAAUGGGCUUGUCAGCUAUCAAACGCAAGCUGAUCGACGGAGAGUAUAGUCCGCCCUACGACUUCAUGGGCGACUUCAAGCUCAUGCAUGAUCCCUUCUCCGAUGAAAAAUGGAAGAUGUUUCCUUCUCUAUCUAGGGAGGCAUUCAACGACGAGGACGGCGAGGAUGUGCUGGACAAUGAAGGCGAUCAUGUCAUGAGGACUCAAGUUUUCGACCAGAAGAGGAAGCCGGAAGAGGAAGCUGGAGAUGAAGCAAAAGAUUAA